AUGCAUGUCAUCAAGACUAUUGUUUCUAUCUUCACUCUCCAAACGCUUGCAAGAGCACGGCUGACGGAUACUGAACUUAUUGCCCGCAAUGAGUACCAAGUCGCCCGGGAGAAUUACCUUGCUGCCCGUGACGAGUUUCUUACGGUGCGCGAGCUUUAUCUCCGCGCACCAGAACUUUAG